CGCCGCGGAUGGCGCACGUCGCCAAUCGUUUAAAAAAAACAUUUUUUUGUGUGCAGACAUACAAAUAGUCGUUUUUUAUAGAGAUCUGAGAAAAUUCCUUUUAAAAUGAUCGCGGCCCUCUGCACAUUUCUGGCUUUGGUAGCAGUAUCAUUCGAGCAGGACACACGGGACUCGACGCCCAUAUCGCCAUGUCCGAACGUGUUCAUGUAUGAGCCACCAGGCUCAGAACAGGGAAGGUGGUAUGGCGUCGUGAACCUGUCCACUGACAGCACUCUGCACUCCCUGUGGCUGAAUAUUGUGCUUGAUAACAAGGCUGAUAUACUUGGGAACUGGAUAGGAGACGUCUCAACGCAAGACAAUAAGGACUUCAAAAUUGAGAACGCGGACAUGCAGAUUAACCCUGGUCCAGCUGUGGCCGUGAGAUUCUUCGUACAGUUUAACCCUUUAAACAAAACUCCAAGACUACAAGCAAUAAGACUGAACGGACGAGAGAUUUGUAACGCGAAUACUCCUCAACCGGUUAUCAAUGAUAGACCAGAUGUGAUAGAAAGUAGGCCUUCUCAAAGGCCUACUAAUGGGAUUGAAUUGAACACGAAGCCGGUGCAGACUCCACCUCGGGAGUCACCUAGACCUGUGUACCCACGUCCAGGGAGUCAACCUUCGCCUUCUAAUAUACCAUCGUCAUCAUCAAACCAGGAUCUGGACAGGCCUAACUACGUGCUGACCACACAGAGACCCGACCGCACAAGGAGACCCGUAAGGAAAAAAUGCGAAAGUGUCUCUUGUUUUUUUUCCAGUAGUCCACCCCGGGACACUGAGUACUGGGACGGUCCCGCCGUCAUAGUUCUGCCGGCUCCUGACAAAACUAACACUAAAACACAUGGGGGACAGGCUCAGUGCGGUAAGGUGGUGUUGAACCCAAUCCCAUUGGUGGUCAAUGGAACUCCAACUUUGGAAGGACAAUGGCCGUGGCAGAUAGCUUUGUACCAGACUCAGACGGUGGACAACAAAUACAUCUGUGGAGGAACCCUGGUGAGCCACAAGCAUGUGAUUACGGCAGCUCACUGCGUCACCAAGAAGUCGUCACAACUGAUCGUGGACCGCAACACCCUGACCGUCUACCUUGGGAAACAUAACCUUAGGACUUCUGUCGAUGGCGUCCAGAUUAAAUUUGUCAGCAACAUAAUAGUCCACCCAGAUUACAAUGCUACGACCUUCAGCCGCGAUGCCGCCAUAUUGGAGCUCAGGGAGACAGUCACGUACAGCGACUGGGUCAGACCUGCCUGUUUGUGGCCAGACUCCGACACAUCCUUGAAGAAUGUCAUCGGGAAGAAGGGAUCGGUGGUAGGCUGGGGUUUCGACGAGACUGGCGUAGCUACAGAAGAAUUAAGCCUAGUAGAGAUGCCGGUAGUCAGCCAGGAGACUUGCAUCAGGUCGUACAGUGAAUUCUUCGUGCGAUUCACUUCCGAGUAUACUUACUGCGCUGGAUACAGAGACGGUAAGAUAGGACACUUCAAUGAACAAACCGGAGUUAGGGAAAGUACUUCAGUCUGCAACGGCGACAGCGGUGGCGGCAUGGUGUUCAGGAUGGGAGGCACUUGGUACCUUCGUGGUCUCGUCUCCUUGUCGGUAGCCAGACAGAACGAGUACCGUUGCGAUCCAUCUCAUUACGUCAUAUUUACAGACUUAGCAAAAUUCUUGCCAUGGAUCUACCAGAAUGUUUAUGAUUUUUGAUCUUGUAACGUUUUUGAAGACUAAUUUUGUUUACGAAGCGAAUGCUGCUCUAAUCUUGCGCAGGCUACAAUUUUGCACAACUGUUAUUUUUUGCACAAGUGGGUAUAUUUGCGCAAAUGAUGUUCUGCGCAAAAAUCUUUCGUCUAAUAUCAUCUGUUUUCAUUUUGAUAGAUGAAAAUAAUAUAACCAUUAAAAGCUUAAGAUUUAAGACGAAUUUAAGUCACGCUAUAUCUUAUAGCACCUGAAUAUUUGCUCACAAUCAUAGAAAUUGGCGAAAAUUAGAACCAUUAAUUGAAGCCUCCUGGGAUAACCUAAACAAAGUUAGUCUGCAAAUAAAGCUACGCCAGCCAUUUUUUUGAAACGGCAGCCAUUUUCUUUUAGUAUAGGUUAUUUUUUUUUAAAUUUAUUGAUAGCAGACGAAUUUAUAAUACGUAAGAAGAAAUGUUAGGAAUAAUUUAUAGAUUUGACGAUAAUGGCAAAAAUAACUUAAGUAAGAAUAAGUAAAACUUGGAGUUUAAAAGGACGUAAAGACAUAUAAUAUAAUGUAAAUGUUGUUACGACUUUUUGAUCUCAAUUAAUCGAUGUUGUCACAGUAAAAAAGUCGAUAUCAUUUUUGACUCUUGAAAGGUUAGGUAUCACCUUAAUGUUUAAAGGCCACUCUUGUUUUGUUUGUUACGUCUUCCUACAUCUUUUAAACAAUACAAAAAAGAGAUAGAAAGACAAAUACAAUAGUUUUCAAGUAGGUAUAUUAGUGCAAAAAGAAUGGCGUUAACCGUUACAUUUGAAUAUGGCAUUAGUAUUCAAGAUGUUAAAGUACAAUUUACUGGAAAAUAUUGACAUGUAGUGUAAUUCCUCCUUUAAAGGUAUUGUGCGCUAGGGAGAGCGAUAAUGACAAUUUAAUUAACGUAAUAUCUUAAGUACCUUAUUAAGGCAUUGACAUACGAUAUGCAACCUUAUUGUAUCAACAUAAAGCUGUAGUCGAUUUGAAAUCGUUGCAAUUGUUAUUUCGACUGCAUGCCUAUUUUGUUUAAAUCACAAGAAAAUAUUUUUCUCUUUAUAGAAUUAGUAAUGUCCAACAAAGUGCAUAAUACUGUAGUUUUGAUAUUAAAAUAUUGUAUUUAUUUAGACUGAUAAUUAUAAUUAUGAACAAUCAAUACAUUCCAAUUAUACAAGAGAA